AUGGCCACCGUCUCCCCAACGCCUGCUGUUGCUCCUGCUCCUGCGGCUGAGCAGCAACCGCCCUCGUCUUCUCAGCCCACCACCUCCGACUUUGACAUCGUCACCACAUACCGUAACCUCCUCGCCGACGACCCCCACCUCACAAAGCCUGUCGCUGCCAUCGAGUCCCUCAUCGCCCUUCUCGGCUCUACGCCCUCCACCACUGUCUUCGAGACCCUCGACACCGUCAAGGCGCAGUCUGACCGCCUCAAGGCCUCCGUCGCGAACCCCGUGCCCCUCUCCGCCGGCACCGACCUAUUCCUCCAGUACCUCGUCUCCUCGCUCCGCCAGCAGGACGGCAGCUUCGACGCCGUCCGCCAGCACCUCCUUGCCAACGGCCGCCUGUUUGCCGCCCGCGCCAACGCCGCCCGCCAUGGCAUCGCAGAUGCUGGCUGGCGCUUCAUCCAGGAGGGCCAGUGCAUCCUGACCCAUGGCGCCUCCCGCUCCGUCAUCGGCAUCCUCGAGCGCGCCGUGCAGAACAUUGGCGCUGCAAAGUUCAAGGUUAUCUACGUCCGCGAGGAGACCCGUGUCGAGGAGAGCGACCGCGUUGUCCGUGAGCUCCGCGACAAGGGUAUUCCCGUCGCUGAGGUCGCCGAGGCCUCCGUUGCCUACGUCAUGGGGCUCUUGCGCCAGGUCAACAUGGUCAUCGUUGGUGCCGAGGCCGUCACCUCCAACGGCGGCAUCAUCUCCCGCAUGGGCACCCUGCAGAUCGCAAAGCUGGCCUCCGAGGCCCACGUGCCAUUCUACGUUGCUGUCGAAACCCACAAGUUUGCCCGCAAGUUCGUCAUGGACCAGCGAGAUAUUGGUUUCAAGCAAGACAUUCUCGACUUCUCCGUUGAUUCCAAGAGCAAGCAGCCUCUCGACGCCGUUGACUUUACUCCCCCCGAUUACAUCUCUAAACUCAUCACUGAGAACGGUAUCAAAUUACCAGGUUAUGUCUUCGAACAGCUCCUCGACAUCUACGGUAGUCUGAACGGUUGA